AGAAAAGGGCAGGAGGAGAGCACUGGGUGGCAGUUGAGGUCAUCCUUCUUUGAACCUCCACGUGGUAUUUACUCAGCACAACUGCUGCCAGAGGCCAGGCCCCUGGAGUAUAAAGGGGAAUGUCUUCUCUCUAUGCCCAGAACUGAGCAGGCCUCCAUUCACCUUCCUUCUCAGAGGAAUGAUGGCGAGCUCUGCUGCCUGGCUGACAUGGGUCCUGGCCCUCCUCUCAGUGUUUUCGAUGGCCCAGGCACAGAAGAGCUUCUGGGACUACUUCAGCCAGAGCAGCAGUGACAAAGGCAGGGUGGAGGGGAUCCAGCAACAGAAGCUGGCGCGGGAACCCGCGAGCCUGAAAGGCAGCCUUGAGCAAGACUUCAGCAAUAUGGACAAAUUCCUGGAAAAGCUGAGUCCUCUGAGUGGACAGGGGAGGGAGCCUCCGCAGUUCCCAAAGGACCCGGUGGAGCUGUGGAAGCAGCUGCAGGAGGAGUUGGAGGAGGUGAGGGCGCGUCUGGAUCCAUAUGUGGCAGAGGUGCACGAGCGCAUUGGCUGGAACCUGGAGGGCUUGCGGCAACAGCUGAAACCCUACACAGAGGAGCUGAUGGAGCAGGUGGCCCUGCGCGUACAGGAGCUGCAGCAGCAGUUGCGCGUGGUCGGGGAGGACACCAAGGCCCAGGUGCUGGGGGGCGUGAACGAGGCGCGGGGCCUGCUGCAGGAACUGCAGAGCCGGGUGGCGCACCACACCGGCCGCGUCAAGGCGCUCUUCCACCCUUACGCCGAGCGCCUGGUGACCGGCAUCGGGCACCACGUGCAGGAGCUGCACCGCAGAGUAGCUCCCCACACCACGGCCAGCCCCUCGCGCCUCAGCCGCUGCGUGCAGAUCCUCUCGCGCAAGCUCACGCUCAAGGCUAAGGCCCUCCACACGCGUAUCCAGCAAAAUCUGGACCAGCUGCGCGACGAGCUCAGCGCCUUUGUCCGCACUGAGGCCGACCGGGCCGAGGAGGGGGCCGGGCCGGAUCCCCAGACGCUCUCCGAGGAGGUGCGCCAGAGGCUCCAGACUUUCCGUCACAACACCUUUCUGCAGAUCGCCGCUUUCACCAGCGCCAUCGACAAGGAGACACAGGAGAUUCAGCAGCAGCUGGCACCGCCCCCGCCGGGCCCCAGUGCCUUUGUCCCGAAGUUCCACCAAGCAGACAGCGGCAAGGCUCUGAGUGAACUUCAGGCCCGCCUUGACGACCUAUGGGAAGACAUCAGCUAUAGCCUCCAUGAACAGGGCCAAGGCCAUCUGGGGGAGUCCUGAGAGCCUACUUGCCCAGGCCUAUACUCCGGUUCUCCACCUGGGGAGCCCAAGACCUGAGCCCCUUGCCAGGCUCAGUCCUUGACAGUGGCCUGUUAGGCAGAGGGUGGAGGGCCCUUCAGACAAGGCCUGGGUCCCUGGCAUAUGCAGCCUCCUGUGGUGCCCCAUCCAGAUGCAUUACACUCUCCAGGCUUUGCAAACCCCGCUUCCCGUGCUCAUUUGGGAAUCCUCAUGAGUUGCUGCAUUCAAGGCUGGUGGGAGUGGGGAAGGGAGACAGGCUCUUUGUGUGGGUGAUUAUUAUCUGCAAGCCUGAUGCCAUGGUGCUGGAAGACUAUGCCACUUCAUUUUGGGCCUUGGUUCCUGUCAACACUCACUUCUGGUCACUUCCUGGCCAUUACUCCAGCUCGUCCAUAGAGAGGAGCUCUUGUGUACCCCCAGAUGCUAUGACAGUCUCUGCUGGGGAAAGAAAAGAAGGGAGAAAGGAGGGAAAUAUGAUGGGGAGAGUGUCUGAGGAUGUAUGUAAAUACAUCCUGGCUGGCUCUGAUGCUGGUGGGUAGGAAUGGUGAGGGUUGUGGUGCAAAGUGCAGAGUCUGUAUUUCCUUACAGACCCGAACAGGUCACUGACUGAGCCUCCAAACAGAGCAGGUGGGUGGGGGGGCACCUCAGACCCCCUGAGGAGCAGAAUGUGUGGUCUCCCCACCCCUAACCCCUCGCUCCUGACUCCCAGGCUGAAGAGUGGACUUCUGAUUCAAGUGAAAUAGAUGCUUUUGUUGGAA